AUGAGUAAUAUCCUCGGGUCUACUUGGCCGAUCCGAAAACCAUUACGGGGAACGCGCACGCGAUCACUUCGAAAAAGACUUUCGCUGUCAGGGAAAUCCACAAUUAUUGACAAGAUCCCGGAUGGAAAGAUAAAUUUUAAAGAAUGUAUUCACGCUGAACAGCUGUCACCAAAAGCCACUCGGAUAAAGCUUUCACCACUUCCGCCGUCUUAUCCAAAGUCUCCCGACUUACAAAUAAAAAGGAUGAAACGUUUACCGGAAAUUAAAAAGUAUACUUCUUCGGACUGUGCAUCUUCAUCGUCAAUCAUCAACAGCAACGACACCAACGUCGACACCGAAACAACAGACACGCAAAGGACUGUAAAAAUAACCUCCGCCCAAAGUGAAUUAAAGGAUAAUAGGCGAGAAAACCUUGAUAUUUCAUGUAAAUACGAAUACAUCAUUUCCACAGAAGUUGACUUUUUAUGUUAUAUUAGUGACGAAAUUGAUAAUGAUUUUCAAGAUGUUGAUUUAGAAAUUGAUCCAAGUACUAUAUCAAUAACAUCUUAG